GCUACAGAUUUACGUUAAAUUUCAAAUCUUCUCAUAGCGAGUGCUCCGCAUAUGCUGGCUGGUAUCAGUAGUUGUAUUCCUAUAAAUGUGUUUAUACGUGGAAGAGUGACAACGGAAUUUUUUAUGAUUCCUUCCACGAUCUUACAACUUAUGGCUGCAAGCAGAAGCAAUAAUUAUGCUGAAGCAAUCUUCUGCGUUCCACUAUUGUUACUUCGGGCAUGCGGCUUUCUUCCCAUACGAUCGGUGAGCAGAAACAUCAUAUAUCGUGCGUUAGAUAUCUUCCUCCGUAUCGUGGCUGCAGUUAUCUGUGCCGGAUCUUGGUUUUUCGAAGUAGCCACCAUCGAUUCCUCCCUUCCGGAAUUUCAUCGGGUCAACAAAUCGCUGUUCCCCACCAACAAUCCAGUUAUCAAAGUGCUGAUGAUCGCUACAGCGUGUGUCAUUAGUUUACGCGCCCCAUUGGUACUGACGGUGGUACUUCUUAAACGUAGCGCUUGGAACGAACUAUUCCACCGGUUAAAUACGGCGGUCAAACUGUACGUGGAACUACACGGAAUCCCCAAGCGGAAAAUUCUCCGCAUACGAUUCACGACGGUUACUCUGGUCGUAAUCUUUGCUGCGUUAUUGGCUACAUGGUUAUACGUGCACAUAAAUGGCGCUUUAAUGACGCAGGGCAAAACCAGCCUGCAAGAGUUUCGGUUUGUAGGAUCAUUAGGGAGCAGAGUGUCCUAUUGGCAACUGAGUAUAAUUUGGAUAUUCUGUGGAAUCUUACCUUUUCUGCUGACACAACUGGUGUUUACCAUCGUUAUUAUUGCGGCUAUCAUACAAGAUAAUAUGCUGAAAAAUAUAAGCGCUGCAUUCGAAAAUGGCGUGGCAAUGGUGCAGACGGUUAUUGAGAACGAGGAUGCUCUUACAGUUGAUGGGAAUAUUUUCAAAGGAAUUGAUGAAGAUCUCAGCCGUGCCAGACGGCUCUACAAUGCAAAUCUACAGUUCUGUCAUUAUUUCAAUAAACACUUCUCCACGGUUUUGCUGUUUAUUUACGCUGUUGACUGUUUCUCUGUGUGCGGCAAUGUCGGAAUGCUAGUAGCCGGAUUCUCCCACAGCGAAGCGCAGUUGGGAACAGCGGCUGCACGCUGGAGUAUUGCAUACGGCAUUUGUAUGUUCUUGUUCGAAAUCGUUUUCUGUUUCAUUCCUAUGGCAUAUGUUUAUGAGAAGAGUCUAGUCAUCGCUCAUAAUUACGAGGACAUGAUCAACUUAAUGGAGGUUUUGGAACAAGAGCAUGCUGAAUAUUUCCGAUCAGAGAUUCUGUCCCAAUCACGCUGCACCCAACCAGUGUUCCGAAGGGAAAUAUUUUAUGGUGUGGGCCACUUGUUUCACAUUAGCGGAAAGUUCAUCGUUACGACGUUGACGUUUGUAAUUUCCUUUGUUGUCUUGGCAUUUGAAAUUAUCGACCUGUCGGAGUUGAAGGACCGAGUUACGGAAGUGAAGAUGCUGCUGUUAAAUCACACAGACAGUCAUAAGAUUUGCUGAGAGAACUGCUUUUAUGGAAGAAUCUGGGAAGUCGUUUGGCCGAAUGGCUCCAACAAACAUGCAUUCAUGUACAUUGCAUGGUUUCUUUCAAACUGCUGCAAAUUUAUACUAACUGUGGUACGCUGUCUUGGUGUUUUUUCUGAGGUGUCAGCAAACACGGGCUAUUUAGCUUUUGUUAACAUGUUUAUCAUUACAUAAUGAGCACUCAGAAGGGAAACCUUGGACCUGUUUUUGUGUGU